GAAAUAACGAAAGCUUUUCUAUCUCUCUCUCUCUCUCUCUCUCGAUUCUCUUUCAAAGCACUAAAACCAGUCGAAUCAAACUUUUUUCUGUGAAAAAUCCCUUUUCCGAUACCCUUUUCUGCUGCAAGUCCGCUGUGAAACAGCAAAAUGUGUGGAGGUGCUAUUAUUUCCGAUUUCAUAGCGCCGGUACGGUCCCGCCGGCUCACCGCCGACUACCUCUGGCCCGAUCUAAAAAAACCCAGUUCUGGGAAGCGGCUCUCGAAGCCUCUGAAGUCCGAAAUCGUUGACUUGGACGACGACUUCGAGGCUGAUUUCCAGGAGUUCAAGGACGAGUCCGAUGUGGACGAGGACGAUGAAAUGGUUGAUUUCAAGCCCUCUGCUUUCUCUGCCGGAAACCCCUCUUUUGCUCGUGGUUCUACCGCUGUGAAAUCUGUGGAGUUUGAUGGGCAAGCUGAGAAAUCUGCAAAGAGAAAAAGGAAGAACCAGUACAGGGGAAUUCGCCAGCGCCCAUGGGGUAAGUGGGCUGCAGAGAUCCGAGACCCAAGGAAAGGGGUUCGGGUUUGGCUUGGAACAUUCAACACUGCAGAAGAAGCUGCAAGGGCGUAUGAUGCCGAGGCACGUAGAAUUCGCGGCAAGAAAGCGAAGGUUAAUUUCCCUGAAGAAACUCCUUGUGCUUCUGCAAAGCGUUCCAUCAAGGAAAAUCCUCAGAAAUUGAUAGCCAAGACAAACUUGAAUGGCACUCAGUCUAAUCUGAACCAGAAUUUCAAUUUUGUGAACGACUCAAGUGAGGACUACUACAGUGCUCUGGGUUUUCUGGAUGAAAAGCCAACAAUGAAUAACUUUCGAUACAUGUCCACCCCUGCCAAUGAAGAUGUUGCACUGAAAUCCUCUGUUCCAUCAGAAAAUGCCCCUUUUUAUUUCAGUUCCGAUCAGGGAAGCAACUCCUUUGAUUGUUCUGACUUUGGCUGGGGAGAACAAGGCUCGAAGACUCCAGAAAUCUCAUCCGUUAUUUCAUCUGUUAUGGAGGAAAGUGAUAACUCCCUGUUUCUGGAGGAUUCUAACCCAACAAAGAAGAUGAAGCCUAACUCACAGGAUCUGGAGCCUCCUGAGGAUAAUUCGGGAAAGACACUGUCUGAUGAGCUCUCAGCUUUUGAGAUGAAGUACUUUCAGACCCCAUAUCUCGAUGAGAGCUGGGAUGCUUCAGUGGACGCGUUCCUCAACGGUGACGCAACUCAGGAUGGUGGUAAUCCAAUGGACCUUUGGAGCUUUGAUGAUCUGCCCGCAAUUGUUGGGGGAGUUUUUUAAGCGAUGAACCUUUCCCCACCUUUCUAGUUUAUGUAAAUAAAGCUACAUGUUAGUGAGUUUUUCAGUCCUCUGUGAGCUUCUACAUUGUUUCAUUAUUGGUCUCGUGUUCGCUCCCAUUUUCUCCAGAAAGAGUUGUCGGGUUGGAGUGCAACUGUGUAGGCUGUUGAACAUGCAUAAGGCCUGUGCGGGGAGUAUUUUAAGCCGUAGCUAAUGUCAUAUGGAGAGCGUAUAGGUAUUAGGUUUACUUUCACCUCCAAAGAGCUUGAACUUGUGGUUUCUCAACUUUGAUGUUUGUAUUGAUGAAAUUGUGUGAGCUAUGAUGGAAUACUGAAACCUCAUAAAUCUGUACUUGUUUAAAUU